AUGGAUAAGGAAGGGUGCCAUGAUUUUUCGAGUGGAAUUGAAGUAGCUAUGACAGAAUCUUUGGCGGUUGCUUCAACAUCGUCUGCAUCUUGUUUGAAAGUACCAGAAACGAGAACGCCAUCUUUGGCUUCUUCUCUUCCCACUGUGCUUUGUGUUACAUCAAAGACAUCAGAUGUGAUAUGUAAUCCGUGGAGGAAUUUAGUCAGCCAGAACAGACGGCGUUACAAAAAGGACAAUUUCGAUCUCGAUCUUACCUACAUUACGGAUCGAAUCAUUGCUAUGGGAUUCCCAGCUACAGAUCAAGAAAAAAUUUAUCGGAAUAGUAUGGAGGCAACAGUCAAAUUUCUGGAACGUUACCAUGCUGAUCAUUAUAUGGUUUUUAAUUUGCGUGGGCGGCAUGCAUACGAUCCAAGCUAUUUCCACAACCGUGUUAUGGCUUUUGAAAUGGAUGAUCACCAUCCGCCAAGAUUGGAAUUAAUGGCUCCUUUUUGUCGUGCGGUUCACGACUAUUUAGCUGCUGAUGAACAGAAUGUCGUUGUUGUUCAUUGCAAAGCGGGUAAAGGACGUACGGGUGUAAUGAUUUGUGCUUAUCUCGCAUAUAUAAAUUUCUAUUGCUCGCCAAAACAAAAUAUGGAUUAUUAUAGUAUUGUAAGAACUGUUAAUAACAAGGGUGUAACUAUACCAUCUCAGCGACGUUACGUGUAUUAUUUUUCUCAUUUAAGAAAACAUAGUCUUAAUUACAUGCCACUUCGUUGUGAACUUAUUGGUGUGUACUUUGAACGACCUCCGAAACUCAAUGGUAUUUUACUUGACGGUGCAUAUCGGUUAAGAGUUUCAAAUGGUGAUGUAGAUGUUUUCAUACCGGAACCUCUUCGAUUAAGCAAUCGGGAUUUUGAGGAAGAGGAAAUGCAGUGGGGCCAGUAUCCUUGCUCUGUUGGUGAGGACCAUUAUAAUCCAUAUGAUCCACAACCGGACAAAAAUUGUAUUUCAAGUUUUGUUUUUACCAGACGCUGCUAUGGAUGGACUGUACCUGCCAAAAAGCGAGUAUUUAUCGAAGGCGACGUUCGAAUUGAUUUUUAUAUGAAGAAAUGGUUCAGAGGCUUAAGAUGGACUUUGAAAGAUCGUCAAAAGUUUGGACACGUUUGGUUUAAUACUAUGUUUAUCUGCCCUGAUUAUUGUAGAGGUGUUUAUGUGCAUGGUGAUGAAGCCCACCUUUAUCCAAAAGAUGAAAUCGUGACUUUGGAUCCAUGUUCACCUACCUAUUCUCGAAGUCAAACGAGGAACGGCAUUCUUAGGAACGCGCCCUAUCAUUUGGAUGGAAAUCUUGAAAGUAAAAAAAAACGAUGUGACGAAACGUGUAAUAAAAAAGAAGAAUUUGGCGUACAUCAAUGUGAUAUUGACUCACCGCCGGGACUCGAACAGCAUUGUCCAUUUCGUUGUUUGCCUCUGAUAUAUCCUGAACAACUUGGACGGCAGCCACCUCGGAGAGAAAUUAUGACUUUACUGCGUGAUGCUCAUAUUAAGCAUUCGAUCAGCGAUAAGUGUAACAAGGAUCUGAGACAGGUUUCAUCUGGUGACGUAAUACCCAAAAGCCCUAAAGCUCGGUUAGACUGUGGAGGACCGAUGUGCCUAAUGCGUCAACCAUAUGAGCAUGUUUUGACAUUCAGUGUCUUGGAAAUAGAUCGAGCUUUUAAAAGUUACAAAGUAAAUAGGAAUUUCAAGAUAUAUGUGGUAUUAAAGUGUGUUGAUGUGGAAAACAAGGAAGACACAGAGUUAGCUAAAGAGUGUAUCAGAAAUAUGUGUGCAGCUCAGGCUAAAAUAGAUGCAAGAAGAGCUGAGGAGAUGCGAAGGAAAAGUGGACAAUUUAAAUUUGAAAAUGUAUCUGACAGUACAUCAAUGCAUUCUUCAAGUUCGUAUCCAGCAGAUACUAAAUCCGACCAAACGUGGCGAGAUGAUCCUCGUUUGCAUAAUGCUAACUUGCGUAAAUAUUUCUUCAGGCAACGAACAGAUUCAAAAUCAGUUUAUCCUCCUGCCAAUUACCGAUGUACUCUCAGAAAAAAUAGCUGCUCACUCUCUGGUUUAUCAAAAAUCGCUUUAACAAAUGAUGAAGAUAUUUCGUUAUCGGUCGAGGAAGAAGUUGUGAUGAAAAGGAAGUGGCAGUGGCUAGAUAGUGAAGAUGCAAAAGAAGAUUUCAUUGCAACGAGAGAUCAAGAAUGGUUGGAGGAGUCAUCAGAAAGGAAGAGUGCUGAGCUUGUUGAUUUCUCUAACAUUCAUGAAGACGCCUAUCAUCACUCAAAAUACUGCAGUUAUAGAGUGAAGAUUGAAAAUGCCUUUAAGUGA